AUGCACGUUGAAGGGCGAUGAACUUCAAGACCGUAAAGACUAGAGGACGCCCGGUCAAAUUUCCAACCACAAAUAGCUUUACGACACUGCUGCAAAAAUCAUCUUAACGGCAGUAUCUCGCCAUUUUCCAGGAAGCGCUAAUACGACACUCCCCCUCUGAGUUUCAUGCCUACGGCUAGGCUAAGCUAGUGGGGGCAAAACGCAGGGGCAUUUCGUUUUCGUAGACGGCACGAAAACAAAAAUAAUUACAAUGCCUGCACAUUGUGCAGCGUAUGGUUGCAAACAACGACGCACAGCCGAAUCAAAGAAGGAGGGAAUAACGUUUCAUAGGUUUCCCGGAGAUGAUGAGAUGAGGAGAAUGUGGGAAAAAGCUCUGAGGAGAAAGGACUUUACUGCAAAUAAAGAAACUGUGCUUUGUAGUGACCAUUUUGAAUGUGACGAUAUUGAUAGGACGGGGCAGAUUUGUCGAAUCCGACCAGGUGUCAUUCCAUCAAUUUUUAACUUCCCAGAUCGUCCGAGGAAGCGUAAAGAAAAAAAUGCAAGAACGACAAAGACAUCCAUGAAAGCUAAGGAGAGCAUGCCUCAGCCCUUAAUCACCCCUCCAAAAGUCACUAAAAAGAAACCGCCUUUUAAGAUUGAACUUGACCACAACUAUUCACUGCCCAGUUGUCCCGAUGCUUUAAAAGCCAAGUUCAAGGAGUUUGCAUCCCGAUUGUGGGCCCUGGAAAAGGAGAAGAGAAACGCUCAGGUGCGAGAACGAAGGGCAAGGAACACUCUCAUGGCUGUACUGCACAAGCCACUGUGCAACGCUUUUAUUUGAGGCUAUAAAAAUAUGAAUCCAGAAUGACCGUCUUUUUAACUCUUGGAAAAAAAAUGAAGAUU